AUUCCUGGUGUAAAGGAUAAGCUGCACUUGGGCUCUGACUUGUUUCUUUUGAUCCAUCCCGCAUGCCUCUCCUUUCUCUGUCGCCAUACCGGCAUCACCCCUCGUGAACUCUGGGAGUCCUUUUACAAGGAGAAUUCCUGCUAUCAAAUGUAUGGCGGUGAAUUAAACGGACUAUUGUACUGCGUCAACUAUUAUGACAUGCAAGAGAGAAGCGGGCAAGACUUUCAGUAUGCCCUGGAGCGCCAUAUGGAAGAUACGAAGUGGCUGCUGGCAAGGCCAACUCGCCUACCGACUCCAAAGACUUUGCAGCCAAGCCCAGUGAAUGGCUCGGCAGUGAAGCGCCGAAAGGUUUUUGAUACCAACGAAUUACUCGACAUCAUUCUCAGCUACAUUGUUGACAUCCCUAGCGAGGUUCUUAAAAAUGAGCUUCAGCGAAACAAACAACACCAAGACCCAAACGAAUCUGGAGACACUAAUCGAAAUGACCCAAGUAGUCGACCUCAGAAUAUAUUCGAGGCUCCGUCUGCUAUCACAGCGGCAAAAACUCUCCUCUCCCUAGCUCAGGUAGAUAGCUGGUUCUACGAUGCCAUAAUUUACAAACGACAAAACCUUUUCCUCCGCGCUUUGCGUAACUUUGGCUGGAUGCUACCAUUCACGCCUGCCGAUUGGAGCGACAAUAGCUGGACUAAAGACGUCUUCGCCGACACCUCCUCAUCGCGCCAGUCUGAGAUUGACUGGCGGCACUACAUGCUCACAUGUGUGGAAAAGACGGACCCGCAUAUUUGCAAUCGUUGGAGGUUUCACAGAAUGGCUAUUCAGUUUGCGCGGGGGACAAACCGGUACAGGAGCGAGGAACACCCCGACUGGUUUUGGAACGCGGGCAGCCUUGGAUUUCAACCAAGCUUGGAUAAACCAGAGCCCGAGAUAUGGGAGCUAUACUCUUGGUAG